GGCGGCGGGGCGGCCAUGUCCGGGCUGGCGCGGGCCGUGCGGCGAGUGGCGGCGGUCGGGCUGGCGGCGGCCCGGAGAGGGGAGAGCGGCGGCGGCGGGCGGCGCUGGGGCUGGGGGCUGACGCUGGGACUGGCGCUGGGCGUGAAGGCGGCGGCGGGCAGCGAGGCGGGCGGCGGGCCGGAGAAGGAGGAGGCGGCGGCACGUCGGGGAUUCGGAGCGGCCAUCGAGAGGAGCCGGGACCUGCUGCGGCGGGUCAAGGACGAAGCGGGCAUCCCGGGUAUCCUGGUCGGAGUUUCUGUGGAUGGAAGGGAGGUGUGGUCCGAAGGUUUGGGUUACGCCGACGUAGAGAAUCGUGUGAUGUGUAAGCCAGAGACCAUCAUGAGAAUUGCCAGUAUCAGCAAGUGUCUCACCAUGAUGGCUGUUGCCAAACUGUGGGAAGAGGGGAAGCUGGACUUAGAUGCUCCAGUGCAGAAAUACGUCCCUGAAUUUCCAGAAAAAGUCUACGAAGGUGAAAAGGUCACUAUUACCACAAGAUUGUUAGUCUCACACUUGAGUGGGAUUCGUCACUAUGAAAAAGAUAUUGCAAAAGUAAAGGAAGAAAAGGAAAAGGCAAACAGAGCACUUAAACUGACAAAAUCCGGCCAAGAUAAAGAACAGAAAGAGAAAGAUGGCAAAGGCAUUGAAAAGACUGACUCUGACAAGCCAAAGAAGGAACACGAAGGUGAAGUAAAAAGCCGAAAUUCAAAACCUGGCAGGAGAGACAAGGAGUUUGAACAUGAGGAGUAUUAUUUGAAGGAAAAAUUUGAGAGCGUGAUUGAAUCGCUGAAGAUAUUCAAAAACGAUCCUUUAUUCUUCAAGCCAGGUAGCCAGUUCUUGUAUUCAACAUAUGGCUUUACUCUCCUAAGUGCUGUUGUGGAGAGAGUUUCGGGGCAGAAAUUUACAGAGUACAUGCUAAAAAUGUUCCGUGACUUGGAUAUGCUGUCAACUGUGCUGGAUGACAACGAAGCAAUGAUAUAUAACAGAGCAAGGUGUUACGUUUACAACAAAAAGGGACGUCUGGUAAACGCACCGUAUGUGGACAACUCUUACAAGUGGGCUGGUGGAGGCUUCCUGUCAUCAGUAGGAGACCUUCUGAAAUUUGGAAAUGCCUUGUUGUACAGUUACCAAGCUGGACAAUUUAGAAACAACAAUGGCAAGCUUCUGCCUGGGUACCUGAAACCAGACACCGUUGCAAUGAUGUGGACGCCAGUGCCAAAAACUGAAGUAUCGUGGGACAGGGAUGGUAAAUAUGCAAUGGCUUGGGCUGUAGUAGAGAAAAAACAACAGUGUGGCUUUUGCAGGCGGCAGAGACACUACGCAUCUCAUACGGGUGGUGCAGUGGGUGCAAGCAGCGUUCUCCUGAUUCUUCCUGAGGAGUUGGACUCUCAUGCUGAAGAUACUGCAGAAGUGGCACCACCUAGGGGAGUAAUUGUUAGCAUUAUCUGUAAUAUGCAAUCUGUUUCCCUCAACAGCACUGCCUUAAAGAUUGCAAGGGAAUUUGAUAAAGAAAAACGGGCACAAAAUAUAGAUUAAAAAAAGAGAGAUGAAUAAGUGAAGUUGAAAUAAGUUGAGUAAGUGAACAUGAAAAACAAAUGGAAACGGAGAUCAAAUUGGGCCCUGAGGUCCCAAAGGACAGGUGAGGAAAAAGCAUCAACACUUCACUGAAAUUCUGCUAGUGGUGCCACAUUUAAGUAUACUGGAAUUCAUCUCUCAGGGAAGCUCCUUACAGGAAAGAAGAAUGUAACAAGCAAAUUUGACUCCCCGUGUUAACUGUGUAAGUUAUCAUUUCAGCAGUGAGGCUUUUUUCCUCAUCCAGUAUUUGACCAACAUUCAAAAAAUAAAAACAAAACAACAGCGGCCGAACAAACAGAGCGUUGCUUUCUCCUACUGAGUACAACAGCAGAUUAUCUGCCUUCAGUGCUAAGCUUUUAAAAGACCUGAUUCUUUAUUCUCAGUUCCGAUCUUUGAAAACAGUAAAAUCAGAAUGACUUUACUGUUGACAAAACGUGUGUUUUUACAUACAACUUGUUUUUUAAUUUCAUUAAAAAGCAAAAAACAAAGCUACCUCUGGGAAGAUUUCCAUCAAGUGCAUUUUUGUAAGAGUUGUGUAUUGCCAAGAAUUGGAAAAGAAAGGCCAUAGAGUCAUGUGUGUAAAAUAAUUUUAUUUAGAUAUUCAACGCUAUUCUUUGUUAGACAUAAAAUGUGGCAUUACUGUAGUGUGGAAAUAAAGGUGUUAUUUCACAUGUACCUGAGUAGCACAGCACGGUGAGCUGUCAGGCAGCCUUACUGCUGGAUGAUACACGUAGCUGGUAGCAGCAGUUGUAGCCAACAGCUGGAAAUGGCACUGUAUUCUGGAAUGUAGAUUUUUCUUUUGUUCAUGAAUUAGGAACUAAAAUAACUCAGUAAAAUUUCAAGCCCAUUCUCAAAGCCAGUAGUAGAAAUCUGAUGCACUUUGAGGAUUUUUUUGUUUGUCUUCCCCAAACCAUCCUUUUUUCUAUUCUGGACAUCUACCUCAAGGCAUUACUUUUGCACAAGACUGAACAAGAAAUUCUGUCAGACUUCCAAAUAAGCAGUAUCUAAUCUUCAUGCUUUCAACAGAAGUACAGUACCAGCUGAUUAUGUUUAUUUGAUGUAUUCCAUCAUGCUCUGCAAUCUCCAAGACUCCACUUCCCUGUGGUUACAUCAGACAGUAUUUCCAGGUUGAGAUGAAACAAACCAUCCCACAGGAGUUCUAAUGCUUGAGUCCCUGCACUGUUUAGCAGUUCUGCCUCUGAAUUUAAGGAGCAAAAUGUUUUGAGUAACAGUUGAAAGAAAGUAGCCUUACCUUCAUCUUUCCCAAGAUGGAAGGAGUUUUUAGUAUUAACUUCAUACUGCUAUCUGCCACGUGAUGCAGUGCCAUGUUGACAGCUGUGUUACCAUUAUGCCUGUGAAUAUUUUUUGUCUAAGACUGACAAAUGAAGAAAUUUAUUACUUUGAGGUGUCAGUGCUUUACCUGCACUGGCAGUAGGGGGCUGCUUUGGGACUCUUCAUAAUUAUGAGCAAUUGUUCCUGUGCUAAAACAGCACAAUGAAAUGUUACUGUAUGAAAACAGUAAAAGCUUACAAACUGUUUGCUUAGCUUUUCUGGCCCACGAAAAAUUUACUUCCAUAUUCAUGAGUAAUGGAACAAGCUCAUUGGUGAGGCAGUACAUUCACCUGCACUCACUGGGAUCUUUAAUGUUGUUUGACAAUUCAGGACAGAGAUACUGGAGAUGAACAUCUACAAUGCCAACAUUGCUUUUUGCAGUCUUGAGCACCUGCUAGCUGGCUAAGUGUGCAGCAGCAGAAGUCAUUGGCAAUUUUCCAUAGGGAGCAAGAGUAGGUAAGUAGUUCUGCAUUGCUUUCAUGUUGGAGAAUAUGUGAACAGAAGUUGACAAAACGUUUUACAUAUGGAAACCCUAAAAAGUAACACUGCUACUUCAGGAUUAUGAUGCAUUUAUUUUGUGAAUGGCAUUUAACAUUCUUGAAAACCAUUUUGUGUAUUUCAGAGACAAGUUUAACUAGCUGACCAUUGCGAGAGAGUUUAGAUACAAAGUGAGCAUGCAGAAGGGGUAGGUCUUGUGUUGUGCUUGUGUACAUGUGACCAAACAGUAAUCAUAGAAUAUCCUGAGUUGGAAGGGACCGUAAGGAUCACUGAGUCCAACUCCUGGCUCCACACAGGACCACCCAAAAAUCAGUCCAUAAGAGUCCAUAAGAGUGUUAUCCAGUCACUUCCUGAACUCUGGCAAGGUGGAUGCCAUGACCACUGCCCUUGGCAGCCUGUUCAGUGCCUGACUGUCCUCUAGGUGAAGAACCUUCAACCUGACCCUCCCUUGUUGCAGCUACUUGCCAUUUUGUUGGGUUCUACCACUGGUUACCACUAACACACUGGAAUGAAUUCCUUUGGACGUACAGGUGUUUGAAGUAUGUAAGAAAGUGAAUAAUGAAGUGUCUUAAGAUACUUUUAACACUAAGAUAUUCAUGACGGUAUCCCACUCCCCUCGUGGAUUGAUUAGCCACCAGCCUUUUGUAUGCAAAGACGACAUAGUUUUUACAUCCUAUAACUUAAGACUUCAAAGGUCUACUGUAAUGUGUACAGCUAUGUAAAAUGUGAAAAUUUUAGGAAGUCUUCCAUCACAUGUAGCAAAACGUGUCACUGAGUUUCUCUGAUACAACAUUUAAUCACAAAUCUUACCUUUUUCUGUGUUGGGUAGAGGUAGGAGGAGAUUAGAAAUGGGGGAGACUAAGCAUCAGUCUGACUCAGCACAAAUGGCCAAGUCACAGUAUUGCUGUCAUCUGUAGCAUGAAGCCACUUACUUGAUGCAUUGGCAUUAAGUAUAGAAAACUGGUCAACUAAUUGCAACUUAGGUGACUGACACGUUCUUAACUUGUCCUGUGCAAACAGUAUGGCACAAACAUGAACCUGUUCUGUUCUUGAAGGUAUGCAUGCUAAAUUGGUGCACCUGUCUGUAUCAAACACCUGCUUCUUACAUCUGGUAAUUAUCAAUGUUCUCUAUUAAGUGAAAUAAAACAGCUUGCAAAUGCA